UGUCUCAAAGAGUGGGGAUAUAAUAUCACAUGCUCGCAUAAGCUCUAUAAGACUUGUUCUACCUCUAUUCUUAGAGUAUGCCUUAUCUCAAGGAAUUGAGAUAUGAUAAAAGUCUAUUAAUGGAUAGUAGGAAUUAUAGCAUCGCAUAUAUCACAAGCUCUAAUUACUCUGUCUUGCAUAUCUUCAGAUAAGCACUAAGAUCUCUGAAUCCUUGUAAACGUUCUGAGAAGCCUCUGUAUCUUAAACUUACUUCUCUGCUCAAUGAUAUAUUCAUUUUUAUAGAAAUGGUAGCAUCAGUAUGAAAUUUUGUGACUGAUUGGAUCCUCCGAAUAUCUGAGCUUCCAGAGCUUGCAGUAGGAUUUUUGAAGUUAGAGACUCUCAGAAGGGCCUACUUAUAGCCAGAAAUAUAAAUUUAAGCUCUGGUUGGUGACUAAUAAUCAUUAGGACUGAUCUCCAGAUAUUUACUCCCAAUAAAUUAUGACACAUUUUGCUGCUGGUUAUCCAAAUUUAAGUUUUAUGGGUGCGGAGAAUUCUCCAACUUUGCUAUUUUAGUGUUGAAAUCCUUCGGAGAGUAGUUCGAUGAAACCCUAGGAGAAAAUAUAGGAGUCAGCACUUGUUAAUAGCUCUAGUCUAAAUAUUACAAAUGGGAUUCUUCAUUUCUGAGACUGAGUAAUUUUUUAUUUUGUUCACGAAUUGCAUAACUUUGUCAACCCCACAGAUGUAUAAAAUCCAGUGUCUCAAGUAUUGUUUGGAGAAGGACUCAUGUUAUUGAUUAAACCUAUUUCAUUGAUGUUUCGGCUUCUCUGGACGUUUGGAAAAUUUAUAAAGUUUAUUAAAUUUAUUG